AUGUCGGAGGCAGCUCCAGAACGCCAGCCCUUACUGCGAGCAGCAGAUGUAGACACAACCGAAGUCUACCCUAUCAUUCAAUUGAUUCGAGAAGAUGUUAUGCACAAUAUUGAUAUUGCACUCUCCUAUGAGGCCUUGAUUGCUCCGGAAGUUACCAUUAAUCUCAUCCUACCACUCGAGGAGAAGUACAACAAAAUUCAGCGUCAAGGCAACUUGUCCAUCGUUUUCUGCUUGCUACUUAACCGCGUCUACUUCAUUCGCGACACCCACCUGAGUACUGCACCUCUUUCGCGCACGAGAGCCGCUCUGUGUGAGAUCCUAGCCAUACGGACGCUGCGUGAACAUGCACACAAUAUGCUCGAACUUGCUUUGGCUGUCACCAUGAGCUGGCCCGUGUAUUCUGGUGCACCUCCAGAGCUUCUGCAACGUGCUAGGGAAGAGCGUGAAGAAGACCCCGAGGAGAGAGUCGGGAAUGCCAUCGAGAUGGCAAUCCUAGGUCAAGCAAAACGAUUCACUAAUAGCUCCGCUUGUCAAAAAUGGAAAGAUUGUGUACCAAGCGGACAGCAGUCGUUCAAUCCUCUCGGAUGUACGUUUGCAGUCACACCAGGUGCACUGUCACUCAUCCUGCAUUUGCAGACCUACAAGCGAACACCCAUCCACUUCUACGACCCAUACAAGGCCCCUCUGCUUGAUCACUAUCGACUGAAGGUGCCAGCGAUCCGUUCUGUGCUGGAAUACACCAAUUUCUUGGUCAUGUUCGUCUUGUUCAUCGUGGCCCUCGAGUUCAAUACUAUGGGCCACAUCAACGUGGCUGAGGGCAUAUUCAUGAUCUAUGCCCUCGGAUUCACUCUGGAGAAAGUCGCGGCUAUGCAGGAGCACGGUAUAACACUAUACUUCAAGGGAACGUGGAACGGCUUUGACCUAGCUUUCGUCACUCUUUAUUGUGCGUAUGCGAUACUCAGGCUCGUUGGGGUAUACAAUCAUAGACAUUGGGCUCGCGAGCUGGGGAUUGACUUCCUUGCGUUGAUCGCUGUACUCAUGUUUCCUCGGCUGGCAUUCGUCACUCUCAAAAACAACGUCAUGGUCCUGUCCCUCCGAGCUAUGAUUGUGCAGUUCGUCGCCUUGAUGUGCGUAGCGGCAUUCUGCUUUGGGGGGUUUAUGUACGCGAUUUGGACUUUCAGCAGAAACAAAGCUGGAUAUUCAGCUAGUCAAGUCGCCUGGUGGAUGCUCGAUCUGUGGUUUGGGCUUGAUGCAAGUCUAUUCGAUGCUGCAGCUGCGAUCCAUCCUUGGUUGGGCCCGGUGACGAUUGUCACUUACGCAAGUCUUAGCAACACUUUGCUGCUUACAAUCUUGGUUUCUAUACUAUCCCACACGUUCUCGACCAUCAAUGACGAUGCCAGUGCCGAAGCAAUGUUUCGCCGGGCUGUCUCGACUAUCGAAGGAGUCAAAGCGGACUUCCUCUUCUCAUACCAACCACCGAUCAAUCUGGUAGCGCUAUGUAUUCUACUCCCAGCUGGUUAUAUCCUCUCCCCGAGGUGGUUCCACAAGCUGAACGUGUUCAUGAUCAGGCUUACAAGUUUCCCCGUCUUGCUGCUCAUUGCAUGGUAUGAGAGGCAAGCAAAACGGAGUGGCUCAUUUACGUUCUACGAGACGGUCUCUGCAGCUGCAGAAAAAGUAUUCGAUACCCUGCCUCGACAUCUGAAGCGUCUCACGUUCUUUGAAGGCCUUAGUGGGCCUGAUGCAGACAUAGAUGCGAUCUUUGAAUUGGAGGACGAAUUUGAAGAGAGUGCACUAGAUACCGUUGAAGAACCUACCUCUUUCGCUGGUCUUCGUCCGCGUCGGAUGUCCCACGGCUCCCGUCGCCCCACCGUGGGACGCUCCACCCCCCCUCGCUCAUCGCGUAAGAGCGAACAGCAACAGGUAGGGCACCCAAGUGGGCCCUCGUCGUCCCGGCACCGCCUGAACUCCAUAGUCACCCACUGGGAGAUCCCGCAGAGCGUCUCUAGUCCGCUCGCGCAGAUUUACCAACCGCAAUCCACGGAGGAGAACUUCGCGGAUGGCCAGGAUGGCGUGAGCCCCAGCGUCAGCUACGGGCGGCGGCGUUUGUCGUCCCUGCAUCAACGAUCUACUAUGGAUUUGUCUGGGGGGCCAGGACACCAUGCUACGGCGUUCAAACGCUUCCCAACUACCAGCCCAGGUUCUCGCUCUGGAGGCCUGUCAUCUCAACCAUUGUCUGAGAGCCCUGGCCAGCGCUCUGACAUGCGUUCUCAUACUAGUCUUGAACAGCCGGAGACCGCCGAGCAGAUUGAGGAGAGCCAGCCUCAGGCUGGUAUCCAGAGGCGCUUGGACACAAUUGAGGAAAGGCAGAAGAGGAUAGAGGACUUGCUUGUACAGUUGUCUGAGAGGGUCGUACAUUAG